UCCCCAUUUCUCCUUCUCCACUUCCUCCCGUCCUGUUGCCUCCGCCGCCCACCGGCGAUCUCGCCGCCGCGACGCUCCGCUGCCGCGGCCGCCAGUUUCCUAACAUCCGUGCGUCCCUAAAUUCAACUCUUACCUUCGUGUUCUACAGCGCCUCCACCCUGCGCAGCGGGCGCCACCUCGCGUCCGAUUGCUAUGCCCGCCUCGGCGUCUCCUCCCGUCGAGCCUGCGCCGCCGCCGCCGCCUGCUCCCCCUCCGGCUUCUCCCGCCCCUGCGGGGGCCAAGGCGGAGGGGGAGGUGGCGGGCGGCUCGACCUCGAAGCCUUCGGCGGUGGGGACGGUGAACUGGGGCACGGCGACCCUUGUGGGGGUCUUCGCGGGGCUACUCUACGGCGGGAGCAAGGAGGCCUCCGCCUCUGUCAGCAAGGAUGCAGAGGUGAUGCUGAAGAUGGGAAGCACCCCGGACAAGCGUGAACAGUAUAGAUUGAUGAGAGACGCGAUGGAGAAAAGGUUCAUCCGGGUUGCCAAAGGCUCACUAGUUGGUGGUGCUCGUCUUGGGAUGUUUACUGCAACUUUCUUUGGCAUACAGAAUCUUCUUAUUGAUACUCGUGGGGUUCAUGAUGUCUUCAAUAUUGCUGGAGCUGGCUCUGCUACCGCAGCUGCUUUUGGGCUUAUUUUGCCAGGUUCAGUGAUGUGGCGUGCAAGGAAUGUAUUGGUUGGAUCUGCUCUUGGUGCUGGAAUCUGCUUUCCCCUUGGCUGGAUACAGUUGAAGCUGGCAGAAAAGGCCAAUCUUGAGAUUGCAAACUCGAAACCAUCGUCUGAUUUGGCAGAGGGAAAAGGAAAUCAGAGCCGUGUGGGCGCUGCUAUAGAAAGACUUGAGGGCAGUCUGAAGAAGUGAUAUUUACGCUUCAAUGGCCCUUUCUCAUUGUUUUGGUUCCAUAUAAAUGUAGCAGUUACGAGAGCUGAGCUAUGCUGGCUCAGGACCUCGUUCUUUGUUAUUUUUGGUGUUUUUCAUGUGCUUCUCAUGUUUAUGAUAUUAAAUUCGAUGUAUGGCAGCUUUUAUGAAUGAACUAAUAGAAUACGAGUUUGCUUGAUCUGGAUUAUUCUGAUUUUGUAAAAUGUACAUGACAUCACACUAUCCAUGUGAAAAUAUGAUAGCAUUGGCAAUUUGCACCUCUGAAA